AUGUCACCACAUAAAGACGUUUCAAUCGUCACAACAAACACAAUAAAACAAAAAAAUGAAAAAGAUACUACAAAUAAUUUUCCAAGACUCAAUUUGAAAUUUAAUGAACUUGAUGAAAUGGUGGAUUCUCAAAUCGUUUUCGAGUUUGGUGGACCAUGGGGAGUUACUGCGAUGAUGAUCGGUUUUCCCAUUCUAAUGUAUUAUUUAUGGGGAUGUCUACAGUUUAAUCGCGGGAGAUUGGAGUCACCUUUGAAUGAAAAGUUAUGGACAUCGAUAAUACAAGGCUCAAUACCAACUUUUUAUGCAGCUAAAAUCUAUAUAACAUUUUGCGUUUUUGAAUUUUUUUUGGCUUAUGUUGUUCCAGGACCUAUAGUUAAGGGAGCACCUGUUUCUUCAUUGAAAGGAAAACAAUUGGAUUAUCUUUGUAAUGGAGUUUGGUCAUUUUAUGUGACUAUAUUUACAUCAUAUAUACUUCAUUAUUAUGAAUUGUUUAAAUUGACAGACAUUAUUGAUAAUUUUGGACCUUUGAUGAGUGUGGCAAUAAUUUCUGGUUUCUCUAUUACAUUUAUUGUUUAUGCUGCUACAAUAUUUCAAGGCAAGCAAUAUCGUAUGUCAGGAUAUUUGAUGUAUGAUCUUUUUAUGGGAGCUGGUUUAAAUCCUAGAAUUGGAAAAGUUGACUUGAAAAUGGACACUGCAAAUUCUCAAAAAAAUCGAUUUAGAAUGAUAAUCAAUGGAACUUACAUUCCUCGAUACACAUUUCCUCAACUUCCAUGGGGGACAUUGAAAAACCCCGAUUAUAUUAAAACAAAACAAGGAAACCUAUUGCUUACAAGCGGAUGGUGGGGGAUUGCACGUAAAAUUCAUUAUACAGCUGAUUUGUUAAUGGCUUUUGAUUGGGGGUUCAUCACUGGAUUUAAUACGCCUAUUCCAUUUUUCUAUCCAGUUUUCUUUGUUGUUGUAUUAACUCAUCGUGUUACUAGAGAUAUGGAAAGAUGUUCCAGAAAAUAUGGAAACGAUUGGCAAGAAUAUUGUAAACGUGUACCAUAUAUUUUUAUUCCUGGAAUCUAUUAG